CACCGGAUCCCACUUCUCAUUCGUCCAGCACAGUGUGUCGCUUGCUCAGUACCAAAGGUGGCCCCACAGGAAAUCUCCGACAUUUAAGAUUGAAUUAUCCGAGCAGCUAGCGGUAAUAUAGGACGCUGCUUCCUUCACUCAGGGAUUUGACAGCUCGAUGAAAUGAUUUGCUUCAGCUCGUUCACUCGAAUGAUUCGAAUCAUUCACGAACGACACGACACUGUUGGUUCACGUGGAUGCUUCGGGGGAGUAACCUAAGCAGACCAGAGAGAGUUCGAAAAGAACGUUUUUACUUGAACUACGCCGGACUGUGAUUAAGAAAACGAAAUCAGAUCAAAAUGAACCAGGGCACACAACAGAGGAUCGGCUUUAUCGGUGCAGGAAACAUGGCUUUUGGCAUUGCAAAGGGGAUGCUGUCAGGAAAUGUUCUACCUGCAAACAUCAGAGUUAGUGCACCAUCCUCUACGAAUUUAGGACGAUUCCAGGAUCUUGGCAUUUCUGUGACACACUCCAACACUGAGGUGGUCUGUGGGUCAGAUGUGGUGUUUGUCGCCGUCAAGCCUCAUGUGAUUCCAAGUGUUCUCUUUGAAGUCUCUCAGCACAUCACAAAGAGACAGAUAAUCGUGUCGGUUGCCGCAGGAGUGACGCUAGCUAUGUUGGAGGAGCUCCUCCCAGAAAACUCGAUUGUCAUCAGGCUGAUGCCUAACCUUCCCUGUCUGGUUCAAGAGGGGGCCCUGUUGUUUGCACUGGGCACCAAUGCAAAAGGGGAGGAUGGCGCUCUACUUCUCAGCUUGUUGCAUUGCUGUGGUUUGGUGGAGAAAGUGCCUGAAGCCUUGAUCGAUGUCCACACAGGGCUGAGCGGGAGCGGAGUCGCUUUUGUGUAUCUUUUUGCAGAAGCACUGGCAGAAGGAGCUGUUAAAAUGGGCAUGCCCAGUACUCUGGCUCACAGGAUCGCAUCCCAAACUGUUUUGGGUGCUGGUAAAUUGCUACGUGAUUCUGGGAAACAUCCAGCUCAGCUUCGGGCUGAGGUCUGCACCCCGGGUGGAACAACCAUCUAUGGGCUUCACACACUGGAGCAGGGAGGCGUGAGGGCGUCUGUCAUGAGUGCAGUGGAAUCAGCCACUCAGAGAGCAAGGGAGCUUGGGAGGAAAUAGGCAGCAGGAAGGGUCCGUGUGUCUGUAUACCUUUUAAGAACUACAUCUUGAACGUUAACCAUGGAAAGUCUUAAAAAUAAGAUGGCUGUUUUUUAAAAUUAUUUAUUUGUAUAUCAUAACUUGGUAUUGUAAGAAUUUAAAAAAGAUUGUAGUCUUGAUUUUCAUUAAAAAUCAGUUUACACAUCUGUUAGGUUUUUCAAAGGACAGACAUCUUAUGUUUCACUUUGUGUGAUGAUAAAUAAGAAAAUCUGUUGGAUCACAAGUUUAGUGUCUGCAUUAACAUGCAGAAUAAUACUUCCUUUAUAUUAGAGCAGGUAUGCAUAAUGAGAUGUCCAUAUAAAUAAAUAAUAUUGUGUUAGAGAAGAAGUAUAUUUGCCUUACUCUUUAAGAUUGUUAUGCGCUUGUAAGGUGGUGUUAGAGGAAAGUUGUUGUAUGAAUUAGCAGUACUCGCAUAGCUCAGUCCCCAGAUAGUGAAAUGGUCACAUGUAAUUUGAUACACAUGCAAACCACUGAAUGGUAUGUCGGCCUACAUGCGAGCUUGCUACAUGAGACGAGCACAUGUAAAGUAAAAAUAUGAACCAUUUUAAAUUCACCAGCUCCUCGCACACAGUUAUUUACAUACAGAAUUUAUGCUGUUCACCAAAUGUUAAAAUUUUUUAAUAUUUAAUUGAACAUAUGAUGGUGAAAAAAGGAAGAAAAAAUUGUAGCUUGAAUCUUGCUGUCCAUUCAUUCCUUUCCUGAAAUCUUGAAUUACACCAAACAUGAGUCUGUUUUUAAUUACGUUUAAUUUUUUUCUCCAGUCAUGAUACAGUGCUACAAAUGAAAGCAUGAUUCAUGUAUGUGUGCAAAAGUCAUGAGAAAAAACUGUCAACAAAUCAUCCACUUUGUUCUUGCACAGAUCUGUGCAGAGGUAAAGAUUUAGCAGCUGACUACAGUUUUAACUGGAAAGUUUGGUUCAGAAUGCUGCAUCUUCCUGGUAAUCUGCCGAUUUGUGAAGAUAAAGAUGUGAAUGUGUGUGCAGGGAUUUAAUGUUUUAGUAUUCAAAAAGAGGUCAAAACAGUUAGAGUAGUGCAAUAAUUUAUUGUAAAUGAAUUUUUAUUGGGCUGCACUAUUGCCUUGUAGCAAGACGGGUCUGAGUUGGAUCCAAGGCGUAGUCUUUCUGGAUGGAAUUUCCCUUGUCUUUCUGUGCAUCCUCCAUGGGUUUUCUUCAGGUAGUCUCUCAUCCUCCCUCAUUCCAUAACUGGUAGGUUAAUUAGUGACUAUAAUGUUCUCAAUAAAAGGCAUGCUUGUGUUUA